AUGGUGCGUCAUGCGUUUGAGGAUUCAGGGUUCCUGAGAAGACUCAUGAAACCCUCUUUGAGGGCUGAGCCAGGAUCAGUGAUUGCCUCAGGAAACAAUGUGACCAUCUUGUGUGAGGGGACCAAGGGAAAUCAACCAAUGUAUUUCCUCUAUAAAGAAGGAAGCCCAGCACCCUGGGACAGUCAAACCCCAAAAGAUCCUGGUAACAAGGCCAUGUUCUCAAUAGCAUCCAUGGAAAAGCAUCAUGCAGGAAAAUAUCGCUGUUACACUUACAACUCUGCUGGGUGGUCAGAACGCAGUGACAUGCUUGAGCUGGUAGUGACAGGUGUUCACCAUGGUAAACCUACUCUGUCAGCUUUGCCCAGCCCUGUGGUGACCUCAGGUGGGAACGUGACCCUUAAGUGUGUCUCAUCUAAAGGAUAUGAUUGGUUCAUUUUGACUGGGGCAGAUCAAAAUUUCUCCAGGUCCCAAAAGGCACAGCUUACACACACUGGACAGUCCCUAGCUUUGUUUCAUGAGAUCACCGUGGCAUCCAGCAAGAGUGAACCCUUCAGAUGUUACGGAUACUUUACAAAUACCUCGCAUGUGUGGUCAGAGGCCAGUGACCCUUUGGAGAUACAUGUCUCAGGACUGUCAAAGAAACCCUCCCUGUUGGCUCAAAAAGGCCCUGUCCUGUCCCCUGGAGAGAACUUGAUCCUCAAGUGUUCCUCUGAGAUAAGUUAUGACAGAUUUGCUCUGUUUAAGAACGGGGAAAGUGACCUUAACCAGGUCUCUGUCCAUCAGUCUCAGGAUGGACAUUUUCAUGCCAAUUUCACCUUAGGCUCUCUUGAUUCCUUCAUUGGUGAUCAGUAUAGAUGCCUUGGUGCACACAGUUCCUCCUCUGUAUGGUCAGCCCCCAGUGACCCAUUGGACAUCCUGAUCACAGGUAAGGUUUUUAGUGUAUUCAGGUACCCUGCUGUUACACCAAAUCUCUCUGAUCCAGGCACUACCGUUUCCUUAGGAGGGACUGUGACCCUGCAGUGUCAAUCAUCAGUCCCCGUGGAUACUUUCCUUCUGUUCAAGGAAGGUGCAGCCCAUCCCUAUUUGCAUCAAAAAUCACAGUUUCAAGAUUUAAAAAAUCAGGCAGAAUUCUCCAUGAGUGCUGUGACCUCAGCUCUUGGGGGUUCCUAUGUAUGCUUUGGUUCCCAAAGCUCAUCCCUUUACCUGUUGUCACACCCCAGUGUCCCUGUGGAGAUCAUAGUUUCAGGACCGGCAAGGUACCAAAAGGCUCUGAUUGGCAUCGCUGUGGCCUUCUUUCUACUGCUCCUCUUCCUCAUCGUCUUCCUUAUCCUCAUACUCAGGCAUCAGAACAAAGACAGGAAAGGAGUCCAGACAGAGACUCAUUUGCAACAUCACGGAGAUUCAGUGACCAGGGACAAAAGCCACCAGAAGAGCUCCAAGCCAGCUCCUGCCAUCCAGGAAGAAGUCUUGUAUGCUACUGUGAAGGUCACACAGCAUGCAGACAGCAUGGAGCUGGAUGUUCUGAGAAAACAUGAAAAAGACUCCUCCAAAGACUUGUAUGCCCAAGUAAAACCGUGCAGACUCAGAAGGCCAGAGACCACCUCUUCUCCCCUCAUGCCAAAGGAAUUACUGGAUUCAAAUGACACACAGGGAAAAGGAGGCCAAGUGCUAACUGAGCAGGCUGAUACAACAGAUGAGGCAAAUGAUAUGACCUAUGCCAAGCUGUGCAUCCUGACACCAAGCCAGAGGCAGGUGAACCUUUUAGCUUCCAGGCAGAAAAGUUCCUCCUGAGAACACACCCAGGUGUCUAUCAGCCUGAGAAAUCCAGACUCUGAAUUCCAUGGAAGAAGGGUGGAUUCAGAAACUUCAUAUAACAAAAUCUCCCUCAAGUGCACAACCAUUGGGCAGACAUAAUCAGUCUCUAGGAAAUUCUGAGAACUCUGGGAACUCUGAUUCUGUUGUCUCUGCAUUUUAUAAAUAAUG